CCCUGUACUAUAAACACAGGUUUGUAAAAUAUUGAUAAUAAUAUAGUUUAUUUCCUUUCAUUUUUGUACACUAUAUGAUAUCACAAGUUAGGAUUAGAUAAUUUUGAUGCACUCUUGUUGCUUGUAAAGCAUUAUUCUUUAGGUUAGAGAGAUGAUGUAUUAGGGAAUUAUAUUUUAUCUGAUUCACAUUUAGUAAAAAUUAUUGAACUUCAAACACUAGUGAUCCACUACUGAAAACCAAAUCAAGUUGCAAUCUACACUAUCAUUUCUAUAUUUUGAUGCAAGAGAUGGCUGGGUUAACAUGUUCCCACUGCACUGCCAUCACUGAUUUGAACUAUUAUAUAUGUUUGAGAAAAUAUGUUAGUACUAAGGAUGACUGGGUUAACAGGUUCCCAUUGCACUGUCACCUCUGAUGUGAAUUAUUAUAAAACUAUGAAGAUAAUAUGUUACUACUGAAGAUGACUGGGUUAACCUGCUCCCAUUGUACUGUCCCUUCAAGAUUCACACUGUUAUCUAUUCCACAUUACUUGGGGAAACACUCGUUGAUGUGAGAAGGAUGAAACACAUAUUAAGUUGAUGUAAAGUCCAUAUUCUAAAACUAUUGCAUUUGUAUUACAUGUUUAAUAAUAACUGGUAGAAAUCUUCGCACAUUUGUUUAUGUAAAUGUGUAAGUCAAAUUUGGUAAUCGAACCCAGAAUGAUAGAGAACAAAUGCCCUGGGUGAGAUACCAUUAUAAAUAUGUGCCAUUAAUUGAGUGUUAUAUAAUUCCAGGAUAAUUACCAAUGUACUAAGUCUGAAACCUGACAGAUGAGGAGAUAAAUUCAAGAUGAGAAGAUUGGUGGGCACAAGAGGACAUUUGAAGAAGAUUGUUAGUAUUUGUGUAGUAGGGUCAGUGGUUCAUUGCAUUACAUGUCUGUCGAGAUCUCAUGCGAAAUUCUUUCGCAUGAAAUCUCGAGGGGGGUGUGUAGUGUAACAGACUACUUAAACUACCGAUACCACUGGCUGGCGAGGUGUGCGGUGACGUCAAUCAACUUGAAGGAGCAAGUGAACUUUAAUUACGUAAACAUAAACAUAUUAUUAUUUUGUUACGAAACUGUUAAUAUGAGGACAAUCGUGAGGUAUAUUGCCACAUAACUAUAUUAUAAACACUUUUCAUUUUUCAUACUAUGUUUUUCGUAGAUGUAUACGUGUGAUGUAUAAAAUAUCUAUGUACAACCAAGGUUGGCAGUAUUGCACAGUUUGUAAGCUCAGUGAACAGGCACCAGAGCUUGGCAGGUCUAGAGACAAUGGGCAGUUGGUGUUGAGACAUCUUUUAAUACGCUUGCUUCGAGAAGGCCAAGGAGAGAGGGAACGAAAUGAUGUAUUGGAAAAGCUGUUACAUGGAAAAUUAUUGAAUAUCGCCACAAUCAGAAUUUAUAAAAUAAAAGUUAGAAGUUUAAACAUGCAUCAGUUCUUACGCAACAGAAUACACACCCUGAACCUCAAAUUGAUUUAACAAACAGAGGAUGGCGAGAUUCAUCACUGGACCACGAGUGUGCAACAACGACCAAUAAGGGUAAGAAAGUUAUAUUACUCUACAUUCAAACUGUGAUGAUACCUUUCUUUCUCCAUGUCUUCAACCCUGUAUGUACUCUGUUGUUAGAGUGAGCAGCGUGACAGGGACCUGUGUUCGACUAGGCACACCAGGGAAACCACACAGGUUUGAAAUAAUAAUUUGUAGCUUAAUAUAUUACUACUGAUAAUAAUUAAUAUUUGUCCCCCGGAGAGAGAUGUGCAUUACAGCAAGAUGCUGGCAGAAGGGGCAGACGUGGGGGCGAGGGACGAGGACAGCUGGAUCGCCCUGCACUGAGAAGUGUGGGAGGGACAUGUGGGGGCAGCGCAGAGGUGGACACCAGGAAUAGCUGGCACAACCUGCCUCUGCAAAUGGCUGCAGGGAGAGAUCACAUGGCUCUCUGUAGAAGAGAGACGGAGGAGGCUGAUAGAGGCAGUCGAGGACAGGGCAGAUGAGCAGCUAUCCACGAUGCUGGCAGCAGGGGCGGACGUGGGGGCGAGGGACGAGGACAGCUGGAUCGCCCUGCACUGAGAAGUGUGGGAGGGACAUGUGGGGUCAGAGCAGAGGUGGGCACCAGGAAUAGCUGGCACAACUUGCCUCUACAAUUGGCUGCAGGGAGAGAUCACAUGGCUCUCUGUAGAAGAGAGACGGAGGAGGCUGAUAGAGGCGGCCGAGGACAGGGCGGAAGAGCAGCUAUGCGCUUUGUUGACAACAGGGGCAGACAUGGGGACGAGGGACGGGGGCAGCUGGACCGCCCUGUAGUGAGAAGUGUGGGAGGGACAUUGGGGGUAGCGCAGAGGUGGGCACCAGGAUUAGCUGGCACAACCUGCCUCUGCAGUUGGCUGCAGGGAGAGAUCACAUGGCUCUCUGUACAAGAGAGAUGGAGGAGGCUGAUAGAGGCGGUCGAGGACGGGGCAGAUGAGCAGCUAUCCACGAUGCUGGCAGCAGGGGCGGACGUGGGGGCGAGGGACGAGGACAGCUGGAUCGCCCUGCACUGAGAAGUGCGGGAGGGACAUGUGGGGGCAGUGCAGAGGUGGGCACCAGGAAUAGCUGGCACAACCUGCCUCUGCAGUUGGCUGCAGGGAGAGAUCACAUGGCUCUCAGUACAAGAGAGACGGAGGAGGCUGAUAGAGGCGGCCGAGGACAGGGCGGAAGAGCAGCUAUGCGCUUUGUUGACAACAGGGGCAGACAUGGGGACGAGGGACGGGGGCAGCUGGACCGCCCUGUAGUGAGAAGUGUGGGAGGGACAUUGGGGGUAGCGCAGAGGUGGGCACCAGGAUUAGCUGGCACAACCUUGGCUGCAGGGAGAGAUCACAUGGCUCUCUGUAGAAGAGAGACGGAGGAGGCUGAUAGAGGCGGCCGAGGACAGGGCGGAAGAGCAGCUAUGCGCUUCGUUGACAACAGGGGCAGACAUGGGGAUGAGGGACGGGGACAGCUGGACCACCCUGUAGUGAGAAGUGUGGGAGGGACAUUGGGGGUAGCGCAGAGGUGGGCACCAGGAUUAGCUGGCACAACCUUGGCUGCAGGGAGAGAUCACAUGGCUCUCUGUAGAAGAGAGACGGAGGAGGCUGAUAGAGGCGGCCUAGGACAGGGCGAAAUUGUAAAUGAUGCAAUAGAAGCAGCUUCCAAAAUAAGAGCUGGAAUUCCAGUUCCAUGGGAGACACUCGCUUUAACCACAAUGUCUUUCUUCGAUACUACUACAUUCUGGCAAAGUCGAUUUAAAAUUAAAAUGUUUUUUUAUGAAAUUACUUAUAAGCAAUUCGUAUUUACCAUUUGUGAAAAUUGCUUAUAUAAAUUAUCAGAUUCCUGGCAAAAUCCGCCACUACAACCACUUCUAACUGAUAUGAAAAUUAAUAUGGUUACCAAGCCACCAUAUUUUUCAAAUGGUGUAAUUUGUCCUCCACAAAUUAAGCAAUAUAGCCUUUGGUGCAUGUUCUGUGCCAAUGGCAGCAGGGGCGGACGUGGGGGCGAGGGACGAGGACAGCUGGAUCGCCCUGCACUGAGAAGUGCGGGAGGGACAUGUGGGGGCAGCGCAGAGGUGGGCACCAGGAAUAGCUGGCACAACCUGCCUCUGCAGUUGGCUGCAGGGAGAGAACACAUGGCUCUCUGUACAAGAGACGGAGGAGGCUGA